CGCUGCUGUGGGGGGCACCUCUCAGAGUCAGAGGAGACAGCCGUCACGUGGAUGAGUGCACGUGGUCAAUGCCUUUGUCGAAAGUAACAAAGAGCCAAAGUGCCCCGUUGCCAUGAUGAGGAAUACGUAAACAAGCGUUGUUAAGGUUGAUACCAAGCGUCAUCGGUCGGCGUGAAGAAAUAUUCAACAGCUAUACUGGCAGGUAUAUAAAAGAUUCAGAUGUGUGAGGGACUUUCAACAAUAUCUGGGCCCAUCCCCCCAGACCCUUCUCUGUUCCCUCAGUACUACAGACGACCGGCUUCAGCUCAUGGCCGUUUAGAGGGAAACCAAGACGGAGCUUUGGCCCUACUCUCGGGGCCCCUCGCUCCGGAUCCGGUGAAGUACCCCGGCUGCUACAGUGCUUGUAACCCGGCGCACCCUCCCCGUAUCGGCCCUAACGCCACUCAUAUCCUCCAACGUGGACAGAGAGGGGUGGUGGGGGAGCUGCUCAAAUUAGACUGUGUCGCCAUCACCCCUGUUCCCAAACAGAAGCAGCGGGUACACGACUUUGGCAAAGAGAAUGUACGGCGGCUCAGGGAGAUCCAGAGACGCUGCAAGGAGCAGGAGGCUGAGAGAGCACACUCUCGUCCGGUUCCAGUGAAAGCCCUAUGGACCUCCUCCAAAUACCACAACGUCCCAUCCAGGGUGAUGGUCGAGCUCCAGGCUUCCAGUCCAUCUUCUAAGCCACGGUGUCAAAACUUCCUAAAGGCCCACUCUACUGCCCCACCAAGGUCGCACUCUAAAUCCUCUCCUGUGGCUUUGCAGCGCUCGAUCUCCUGUAACUCCAUACAUGACCGCAACAUGCAAUUACAGGUGCAAGGCCAGGCAAUAGACUUUGUAAAACACAAUGCCCGGUCUGCUGGGAAAACGGUGCUGCGUCGGUCCCAGUCCCUGAUAAACCUCAGAGAGAAGCCUGUCCCCAGUGCCGUCAAGGGACAGGUGCCUCAGUAUCUCAAGGAUAGGAAAGAGCAGUGGCAUAAAGAGGCGGAGGAGAUGAGGAGCAAUGCACCUGAUCCUGCAGUCCCAGCUGGUCACACUCUGAUGCAUGAGAGUGAAAGACAGGAAACUCUUAAGUCCCUCAAAGAGAGUAUGUCUCUGUGUCUCUUUGCCUCUUUGGAGUACUACAUGAAUUGUGGAUAUCUGCUUCUCUCAUUCUGCUGUUUGCUUAAUGUUUUCUCAGCCCAUCGUACCCUCGUGGCUGAACUGCUGUCCCUCCCUCUCAGGGAUAACCAUCUGAGCCUUCGAGCACGCCGGGCUUGUCUUGAUUGUAAACUCUCUGAAAUCGAGGAAGCUGUUAAAAUAUUCUCCAGGGACAAAGUUUAUGUAAAAAACAAUUCCUAACACACAAGAAGGGAGGAGCAUUAGAUGGCCCUGGAGAUACUUUACUGCUUUACUUUACUGAAUACUGCUUUAUUCAUGUACAUUUUUUGUAGUUGCAUUAUGUGACACACUUUACCAUGUUAAUAGAUGAUUAUUUGACAUUAUUAUUAUUAUUACUGCUGAUCAAUUACAGUAAACAUGCUACUGAAUAAUACAAAUGUAUAUAUGGAGCGCUGUGCGUUUAUUGUUGAUAACUGCUAUCUCAUCAAAGUAUAUUAGAGGAGUUUUGUUUAGUUUCAUUUUUGUGUAAAACUGGCUAUAACAAAUAUUUUUGUGAAGUCAUUGUAUAUCAUUAUUUUUUAAUUUGUGUGUAUUAAAAGGUAGCAU